AUGAAUAUAACGGAAAGUGCUAUUCAAGAAGAGAGUGAAAAAAUAAGUAAAUCGGCUAAAUCACUUUUAGAAGCACUAUUAUUGUCGGAAAUUGUUAGCCUCCAAUUUCUCGCAAAGGAAUGUGGUGCACGUGGAAUAGUUGGUGUACGUGAUCUUCUGCAAAGAUUUGCUAAUAAAAUGCAGGAUGUUAAUGAUAAAAAAAUAAUUCAAGAUAAUCUUGCAGACGUAGAUGCUGAUGAUGACACUACAAUAUAUGUCGGGAAAUGCAUUGAGGACUCUUACGAAUGGAUCAGUCGUUUUCAUGGGCAAUGUCAAUCUGAACGAACCGUCGACAUGUUUCUCGUUGGGCCUUGUGCAAAAACUCCGCAAACUAUAUUCACAUAUGGCGAAAACCAUUCAGAUGCUGAUCGUGAGGAUAAAACAGCUCGGUCACAGAACAGUCGUGUUGGCAAGCCAUGUGAUUUCUUAUAUUGGAGCUCAUCUCGAGAAGCUGGCAUUGGCGAAAACAGCGGGCCAACCCAUAAGGAUAAUCAUGACAAGGCGAGGACGGACUUCGUUGAUGUGAUUAAGGUCUGCAGGGCACAACAUAUCAAACUUGUGAUUCAAAUAAUCGAGCAGAGUGGGAGAAAUCCUCUGCCGGGGAGUCUACAAAAAGCAAUGGCUUCUAUAUUGAUACCGUUUUUCCAUGUAAUCGGAAUGAGAAUUCGGUUCUAUCUUCUGUUUCAAAUCAGCGGAGAUCUGUACGGUAUUUGGGAUUGGGCCUCGGAAGACUUACCAACGAAAGAUGCAGACGUGGGAGAAAUUGCUCUAUUAUGUAAAAGAUUUUUGGUUCACGGGUAUCUUAUAGAACGUGUGGGACGGAUGACAAACAUUCUUGCUAAGAAGUCUAAAACCUUAAAAGAUAAAAUAACUGGAGCCAGCGAGUCUUCCCAAUCAACAGUAAAGCUAAAUAAAUUUCGAACUUCCGUAAAAGAGAAAAAGCCAGCAAAGUAA